AUGUCUUCCAUCGUCGAUUUGUCUGACACUGCUAGUGUUGUUGGCAGUGCCAGCCACCUGGAUGGUUCUGACACUAUAGCGGACAACUGUUCGCUGAUGCCGUCAUCUCCGUUAACUCCUAGCGUCUCCCGCAGAAGGACAUCCCCAAUCUGGAAGCAUUGUCGAAUAGAAGAUGGCAAGAGCCUGCCAGCAGCCUGGGUCGGACACAACGGAACAAAAUGGUGGCAUUGCCGGCCAUAUUUUGACAAGAAGAGAGAGAAGAAAUAUAACUGUUCCGGUGGAUCUUCCACCAUUGUCCAUCAUCUCCGCAGGGAGCACAACAUCAUAAUUUCUUUGAGACAAGAAGCCAUGCGGGAAGUGACGCAAAAUUGUCUGGGAGACAUCACUUCGUUCCUGAGGGAACUCUACCUUCUUCCAAGAAACGAAAAGCCACGACAAGGGCAGAUGCUCUGGACCAGGAUACUUUGCGCGAGUUGUACUGCCGCUACACGGUCGCUGUAA